AUGUCGACGCAGGUAGAAACAUGGCACCAGGGCGAGGCAGCCGUCCAGAAGGCGCUCAAGAUCCCCCCACACAGGAACCCGACCUACUAUGGACUCCCCGCAAGAUUUGGCCUCCGAGUGAACCACUCUUCGCUCAUGGCGGUCGGCACUCUUGAUGCUGAUGGCCGACCGUGGACCACGCUCUGGGGAGGGCAGCUCGGCUUCUCGCGCCCCAUCCAGCAGGACGUUCUGGGCAUCAACACCUCUGUCGCCACCGACGCAGAUCCAGUGUUCAAGGCUCUGUGGGGGCCGGGCGAUCAUGGCGAGGGUGAUGUUGUCCAGCAUGAAAACAAGCUGAUGGCGGGCCUGGCGUUUGAGCCGGAGACGAGGGACAGAGUCAAAAUCUCAGGCAAGAUGAUCGCUGGGGCCAUCACGGACAAGGCCAAGACGAACAUCCAAAUGGCAAUGGCAAUCACACAGUCCAUUGGCAACUGUCCCAAGUACAUCGCUAAAAGAAGGAUUACGCCAAGACCCAUCGUGAAGGAGAAUGUGGCGAUAGCGCACGAGGGACUCCCACUGCCUUCGGAGGCAAUUAAGUUGAUAAAUAAUACGGAUCUCUUCUUCCUGUCUACCACCGACGGAAAGGAGAUGGGGACCAACCAUCGAGGUGGUCCACCAGGAUUUAUGAGGGUUUUAAGCAACAAUUCGAAAGCAGUGGAACUCAUCUAUCCAGAAUACUCUGGAAAUCGAUUUUACUCUACCCUUGGAAACUUGAAAGUUAACCCGCUGGUCGGCAUCGUCAUUCCGGACUUUGACACCGGCGAUGCGCUGUACCUGACCGGUUCUACGUCCCUCUUGUUCGGUGAGGAGGCGUCAUCCGUCCUCGCCAGGACCCAAGUUGCCGUGAAAAUCACCGUCUCAGAUGCCAAGUUCAUCCGGCAAUGCCUCCCCUUCAGAGGACCACUAGUCGACCAUUCUCCCUACAACCCACCAGUCCGGUAUCUGACCAGCGAACGAGCCCCGAAAACCGCACCAGUUUCCUCUAAUUCCUCCAUAUCAGCGGCGCUCAUCAACAAAGAACCCAUCACACCGACCGUCAAUCGCUUCACAUUCAGACUCUCCUCGAAGCCGAAAUGGGCAGCAGGGCAGCAUGUGACGUUUGAUUUCCACGACGAGGUGAGCGGCGGGUACAGCCACAUGAACGACAGCGACCCCCAGAGCCUCAACGACGACUACAUCCGGACCUUCACCGUCUCGAGCCGGCCGGAGGAUGAGAAUCUACAAAUCACAGUGAGGAGGAACGGGCCGGUGACGGGAUUCCUGUGGAGGCAGAACGUCAACGCACAGCUUGAGAUCCCCGUCAUGGGCUUUGGGGGCAAAGAGGAAUUUCACCUUCCCGUACCCACCUCACCUUCCUCAGAAGAUGGCAAAUCGUCUUCGGUAUUUGUAGCUGGUGGUGUUGGGAUUACGCCGAUCCUUGCACAGGCAGGCCCAAUCGUUGCUGGCGGAGGAUCGAGCCUGGCGGUUCUCUGGACCUUGAAGAGGGAGGAUGCCAACUUUGCUCUUGAUUCCUUUGAGAGGAUCCCAGGUCUAGCGGAUGCGACGAGGCUGUUCCUCACCGGGAAAGACGACGGUUCACCCACAGUGGCUGCCCAGGUUGAGAAGCUGAAAUCCAUGGGUUCACAUGUGGAGGAACGGCGGAUUAGUGAAGAUGAUUUUGAACCUUUUAAGAGAGAAGGGGUGCGAUAUUAUAUUUGCGCUGCGCCAGUUCUGAUGCGCCAGGUCACUACUUGGUUAGAGGGGUUGGAUGUUGUCACUGAAGAUUUUGGCUACUAA